AGCCGAGCGAGCGCUGCGCAGGAGCGGGGCUGGGGGCCGCUGCGCUCCUGCCCGGAGGGGGCCCCGCUGCGGCGGACCAGCUUCCCCAGGGGCCCGCCGGGCGGCAGGCAAGGGAGCCCUCGGUGCCCGGGAAGCCCCAUCCCGAAUCUUCGCUUUUGCAGCCGGGCCAGACGCGCAGCAGACGGCUGGACUCCUCGCGCGCAGCAAACAGGUGGCUGCUCUGCCUCGGCUCUCCUCCUGCCCGGCCAACUUCUUCGUCGCGCCUUGUGGCAGCUGCGGAAGCCUCCUCCGCCUCCUCCCGAGUCCGAGCAGGGAGCCAUCCCCGGGCAGAGGCUCGUGGUUGGGGCAACCCCCGUCCGGAGCAGCCCAGCAGCAGCAGCAGCAGCAGCUCUUGCGUCUGGUUCGGCGGAGGCGCGAGCGACUGCCUGCCGAGUUCUCCUGGGCGCUGCUUCUUCGGAAACGGGGCUGGCUUGGAAGGUUGUGUGAGACCCUGGAGCCAUCCAUACAGGGAUAUCUUCCUGCUCACUGCCUUUUCCAUAAGACCCCAGGAUGGCAGCCAAUGGCGAGGUGGGACCAGAGGUGGAAGGCCUUCAUCGCCGCGCUGUCCAGAUCACGGAUGAGUCUCUGGAAAGUACCAGACGGAUGCUGCAGCUGGUAGAAGAGAGCAAAGAUGCUGGGAUUCGAACCUUGGUCAUGCUGGAUGAACAGGGAGAGCAACUGGAUCGGAUUGACGAAGGUUUAGACCAAAUUAACCAGGACAUGAAGGAGGCGGAGAAAAACCUGAAGGACAUGGCAAAGUGUUGUGGUCUUUUUGUCUGCCCCUGCGCCAAGCUAAAGAAGAUAAAAGCCAUCGAGGCCUAUAAGGCAGCAGCAGGCAACGGCCAGGACAAGGUGGUCUCUCGCCAGCCCUGCAUGGUGGCCGACGGGAAUCAGAUGAUGAUGAGUGGGCCGUUCAUCCAGAGGAUAACAAAAGAUGACGCUGAGGAAGAAAUGGAGCAGAACCUGACCCAGGUGGACAGCAUGCUGAGCAACUUGCGCAGCAUGGCCCUGGACAUGAGCAACGAAAUCGACAUUCAAAACAAGCAAGUGGACACGAUUAAGGAAAAGGCCUCUGAGAACGUGAUACGCAUCGAGCAAGCCAACAACCAGACCACUGAGAUGUUGAAGAAAGCCUGAGCUUCCCUACAGAUGCCUUCUAACCCCCUCCCGCCCCCUCACCCCCACCCCUAAAGAACCAUCAUGCACCCGAACCCCAGGCUGGAUUCAUAGAGAUCAAGGUGACUGGAGUCAUGGGUUCAGAUCAAGUUCCCCGUCUCGAAGCGUACCCGUUUCCUGAACAUGCCUGCCUGCUAACUCCUGGGAAGAAUAAUCAAGACACACCGGUUUGCAACUCAGCAAAGCCUUCAGAUGACCCAUGAUGCAAAACCUUUGGUCCUGCAGCCCCCAUGCACUGAAUUCAGAAGAGACAGCAGGGAGACACCGGGCAAAAACUGAUGUGAAGAGGGAGAGAUCUGUUAUCGGAUCUUCUGCCAUCUUUUUCUUUGGCUAAAAGCAGUUUGGGGAGCCCUAACUGGUUCCGGGGCACAGCACUGGGAGUGGGGGAAUUCACCCUUCCCCCACUAUACUUGUCAUGACCCCAGAUCCAGGAUCCACCCCCCAGUUGGGGGGUGACGUGGACAGUUCAGGAGAAGAGGUAAGGGCAGAAGACCCCGUGACUCAGUCUGGGUGACACCCACCCCCCAUGUUGUUUGGACCCCCAGAGUAGGAGAACUGGUGGAAACCUGGGCCCACACCAUGACUUGAGGACACAGCCAACUUCAUCCUCCUCUGACUUGGAGGAGUUCCCCUAGAGGGUCUGCCGAUCCCAGUAAAGAUCCCCACGGCUUAGAAAACUAGGCAAGGCUCCUUUAAGCACCAGAGCCUUUCUUAGAGAAGAAGUGGGCCCCACUCACUCUACCUGAGCAGCAGGAAUCAAAACCAGCAGUCUGCUCCAAGUUGCUGCUGGUGCAACGUCCCUCUUACUUUGCCAUACCCAGCUCCCCUGUCCCUGCUCGAAGCUAUCUGAGCUCCUGAACCCCUUUCUCCUUUGAGCUGUUCAUGGUCUCUGUUCCUCUCGGACCCUUGCCUUGGCAGGGAGCCUGGUUCAUCCUGGAACAGGAUAAGAACAUAGGAAGCUGCUAUAUACUGAGUCAGACCCUUGGUCCACCCAGCUCAGUAUUGUCUUCACAGACUGGCAGUGGCUUCUCCAAGGUUGCAGGCAGGAGUCUCUCUUAGCCCUAUCUUGGAGAUGCUGCCAGAGAGGGAACUUGGAACCUUCUGCUCUUCCCAAAGCGGCUCCAUCCCCUGAGGGAAAGAUCUUACAGUGCUUACACAGGAUAAUGCCAUGACCCAAAUAAACAUUGAGGCAAUGUCAUGAAGAAGGGGUAGGUUAAAAAAAACCCCAAAACCUAUGUCCACUGCGCCAUGGCCCUGAUCCAGCUUGCUGGCCAUCUAACCGCUGUCAUUAACAAAGAAAAAUACAUCGUGAGAUCCCACGUCACAUCUGCUUUGGCCCCAAAUCCCGUGCUGCACUCCUAGGCACACUUACCUGGAAGCAAGUCCAUGCUGAUAAGGUGGGAGUUCUUUCUGAGUAAACAUGCCUAGGAUUAUUGGGUGGUCGGAGUCCAGAACUUCCUACAGGCAAGAGCUGGUAGUUGCUGGGCAGAAAAAUGUUUCUCCACGAGAGGGAGAGUAAAUCUCCGUGUGAGCAGAAGUGCUCAUCCCCCUCGACUUCCAGGCCUAAGUCCAGGGCCUCCUCCACAGCCUCUGUGGGGGCCCAAAUCCUCUUUAGUCUGUCCCGGGCAGUGUGGUCACCCAGCUGAGCAUGAUGGUGCUUAAUUUGCAGGAGAGGGGGUGUCUCCAAAGGCCUUGAGGUCCAGGCUCCAAAACUACCUAGGUGCAUCUCUGUGUGUGAGCAUACAUCCAUAUAUAAAUGUCUGUGCUGUCUAGUUAGGAGCAUCAUCAGUAGUACCUGUAAUUCUGAUCAUUGAACAUGUUGAAAUGCUCAGGUACCUGGAGGGCAUGAAAUAGGUAUAUCAAGGCCACCCAAAGUGGGCUCCGUGGAGUCUCCACGGGAGGUACAGGAUGAGAUCUCCUGAAUUCUAGUGCCCCACCCACCCACUCCCUCCAAGAGGCAACUGUCUUAAAGCAGGGCUUCUGAACCUGGGAGUCUCCAGAUGUUGUUGGACUACAACUCCCAUCAUCCCCAGCCUUUGGCCACUGUGCUUAGGGGUGCUGGGACUUGUAGUCCAGCAGCAUCUGGGGACCCAAAGUUCAAGACCCCUUAUCACAGGGAAAAAAUUUUUCUGACUUCCUUUGAAGAUUCUUGGGUCUUUAUCCUUGGAAGGAACCCUGGAAUUUUAAAUAUUUUAAUUUAUUUUAAUUAUUUAAUUUAUUCAUUACACAUCUCUCCUUCCCCAUCUAGAAGCCCUGGGUUUACAAAUUUGCUUUAGAUUUCAUCCUAAUGAGGACUUGCUAGUUCCUGGUCCUAGUAGGAUGCUCACAGUAACAACAGAGAGACCUGAUGAUUGUGUCUUCUAAAUAAUUCUUUACCUCGCGGUUCCUUUAAAAAUAAAAAAGGAACCGCAACCAUAAAAGUGGCAAAAACCAACAACACCCCAGCCAUAAAAGCGCCGCCCCCAACAACAACCCAUAAAAGCACCAAAAAUAGUCUUUUAACUCUACAGAUGGGUCAAACACCACCUGUCUCUUCCCCCUCUCCGUUACAGUAGCCCAGUGGCCCGCUUUGCAUGCCCAAGGUUCCAGGUUCAACCCCUGGUAGCACCUCCAGGUAUAAGGACCAGGUAGCAGGUGACGAGAAAGGCUGCUUAGCCUGAGGUGCUGCUGCCAGCCAGAGUAGACGAGGCUGGAUGAGAGAGACCAGUGUCUGAUUCAGUGUGUGGCAGCUUCGUCUCUUCACCCCACCUACAUGUGUGGCCUGGUUUAAAUGCAGCUUGUCACUGUGAAUUUUGACAUUUCCGUUCUUGUCCAGUAUGACUUUCUAAAGCUGUGACCGUGUCGACGAGGUGGUUUUUAAAUGCACGAUUUUAAAAGGA